CGUGGCCGCGUGACGAAAGGGAUGUUUUGCUAAAUGUUAGCCGCGGCAGGCUAACUUUGUCUCAUAGUUGGUAUCUGAUUUAGACUUCUUUGAAGUUAUCGGACACAGCUCGGCCUCCGGGAACACCGCAGAUAAAUGUGAUUUUUAAACGUUUUAAAACAAACGGAGACAUGAACGGGAGCACGAAUCCGUUGCUGGACAAAGAGGAGCAUGUUUUGAAGCUCGGAGAAAGCUUUGAGAAGAGGCCAAAAUCUUCCUUUCACACCAUCAGAUAUGACUUCAAACCAGCAUCUAUCGACACGAGCUGUGAGGGAGAGCUACAAGUUGGGAAAGGAGAUGAAGUUACCAUAACGUUACCUCACAUUCCGGGCUCCACGCCUCCCAUGACGGUGUUCAAAGGAAACAAGCGGCCUUACCAGAAGGACUGUGUGCUCAUCAUUAACCACGACACCGGGGAAUUCGUACUGGAGAAGCUGAGCAGCAGCAUCCAGGUCAAGAAAACCAGGGCAGAGGGCAGCAGUAAGAUCCAGGCCCGAAUCGAACAGCAGUCGGUCCGGUCCAGCCAGCCCAGCUCUCAGUUCCGGGCCCCCACCAAGCCCGGGGCCGGAGUCAAGACAUCCCCUUCCCCUUCGAAGGAUAACCCCUCCCCAGAGCCCCAGCUCGAUGACAUCAAAAGAGAGCUGCGAGCGGAGGUGGAGGUGAUAGAGCAGAUGAGCAGCAGCGGCAGCAGCAGCUCCUCCGACUCGGCCAGCGCCUCGGGGAGCGGCGACGACAGCAGCAGCAGCGACGGCGAGCACGACGCCCCCCGACCGCUCAGUCAGACCUCCCCCAACCGCCACCCCAUGGCCAACGGAGGAGCCGACCGGCAGCAGGGCAACAACCAGCUCAUGAACACGCUCAGAAACGACCUCCAGCUCAGCGAAUCAGGCAGCGACAGCGAUGACGACUGACUUCUGCGCUGGUCAGUCUCUCUCUCUGCCCACACUCCUCCUCCUCCUACUCUUCCUCCUUUCUGCCUGGUUCACUUGUUCCUUUGCUGUGGUAGCUGACCCCAGCUGUAUAUCUUGGGUUGACUGUAUUUUUUUUUUUUUUAUCUUUAUUAUUUUAGUAUAUCCUUAAAGCUGGCCAGCCUGGAACUUUAAGAGUGUAUUUUUAUUAGAUGUAUAUUUUGUUUUGUAUAGCAAAACUCUAGGAAAAAGAAACUUUUACUUGAGAGGUUUGGAAGAUUAUAUAUUAGAGUGCACAUACAUAUUUUCUGUACUUAGAGCAGCUAGUUUUACCUACUUGUAUCAUCUGUUUUUGUUGGGGUUUCGUCUCCGUGUCGGGACGAGGAAGAGGUCGGCUCAAUAUAUCGCGGCUCGGUCUCUCCCCUCGUCGCGUCGUUUGUCAGAGAUGGUUGUGGGAAUCGUCUCCACGUCGUGCUGCCGGCGAAUGAGCAACAAGUCAAGGGAAAAAAAAAAAAACUCCCAUUGUGCAGCAGUGUUUCUUUGUUGUGGUUUGAAACUGUUUGCUGCUCAUUUUAGAAAUUAAUCUUGAAAAAGGUUGUGACUAACUAUCAACCUAAUGUCAGAUGACCUUCAUUAAAGGACAAGGCUGCUGAUUAUCUUUUCCUUAUUGUCAAUGAAUCUCAUGAAAACACCAGAACCAACAAUGUGCUCGUGUCCCGGUACUGAUCUCUGCCCUGAGCUCGCUGAUUCCUACUGAACAUGUAAAUCUUUAAAAUCGGAUCACAAGGAUAAAGAUCGAUACAGUGACUUCCUGAAACAGCUGUAGUUUUAAGCAAAAGUUCCUCAAACAAACAGGAGGAAAUAGUGCAUCUGUUGAGGGACUAUUUCCAGCAGCGGAAGGAACAUGAACAGACUAAGAAUAAGACCAGGCUGUGAUGCUCACAGCGCUUGUUAAUUGAGUCAAUUCAUUGCUCUUUUUGGUUUUUAAUGAGAUUUAUUGACAAAGAGGAAAAUAUAGAAUAACUAUAAUUAAACAGUUCAUCUACUUGUAGAAAUUAACUGUCAUGUUGCUGCUCUGUUCUGAUUUCAUUCUCAUGCGAGUUGAGUUCAAACUUGUCUUGUUUAGUGACGUAACUUUAAAGUAAAUUUGAAGUUUAGAUGGUUGAUAUUUAGGACCACAUAGUACAACAGCUACACUUUGGAGUCGAGAUGCAGGUGUUUAAAUCUGCGCCGAGUGAUUGUUUUUACCACUAGGGGGCAGAAGAUUAGCAAACAGUUGAACUGAAGUCCAGUGCUCAGCCUCCUCUCGCCUCCGAGAGAGAAACAUCUGCCUCUUUUAGCUGCUUCACUUUCCUCACCAGCUUCUCAUCGCGGUGCUGGACAAACUACAUUCUUCCUUAUCUAAGCUUGGAAACAGCUGCUCCAGCUGCUGAUGAGAAACUCAAACACACUCUUGUCUAUUUGUAAAACAAUGAGAAUGUCUGAAUGUACGUUUCCCCGCUCUGCGUCUAACAGAGGAGGACUUAUUGAGGUGGUAUUUAGACGAUGGAGAUCUUUAAAGCCGUCAUUACUUUCAUCCUCUCGCUCAUCUGAUCAAUCAACUAUCACAACAGAAUCCAGCUGACUCACAGUGUGACCAGUAACAGUAUCAUAGCAACGCCUCAGAGGAUUACUGAUGUUAUUAAAUCAAUCAGUCAUUAAUCAGUUAAAGUUAAUCCGAUAAUUAAUCAGAGUUAAUGGCUUUUAUGAAAGUUAAAAAGGGAAAACUAAUUUCCUCCAAAGAGCUUUAUUUUCCUGUAAUAUUUUUGCAAAAUGGCCGCUGCUCAUUCGAAGCUCGUCGUAUCAGUCGUGUCGUUUUAUUCCAACAGAGAAUCUUAUUUUUGAUCCAGACUUUUCAUAUUAACACCUACACCACGGUACCAUUCCACGCCUUACAGCAUUUCAGCUCGGAAAUGAAGGUGAAUGUGUCGCUUUCUGAAAAAUGCCAAAGAGCCGCGUCACGUGCGGAGAGCAGGAACGUCAGCGGUGUCACAGAGUCACUGUGUUAUUGUGUUUUUCUUUUCUUUUCUUUUCUUGCUUUUAUCUGAGACUGUCUGUGUCGUGCUUAUGAACCAGUGAAGUCGGUGAUUGUUUCCCUUUCAUCUGCUGGAGCCGGUGGUGUUGUUGAAAAUCAUUUGGUUUUGGUCGUACUGUAUAUUAUUGUUAAUGCUGUCAGAAACACGCAGCUGAAGAGUUUCACUGCAAAAUAACCAAUGAAAAAAUCGUGCUCAUUUCCAGGAGAUGGUAAAAAGUUUUGGGAAUUAUGGGUUGAGGGAUGUUCUCUCCUUAUUAAUUAGACAGCCCAUCUGUUGUUAAGAGACCAAAAAAAGAAGUCUUAAGUUUAUUUGUUUUAAUUUUGUAUGAUGAAGGAGAAGGAGGAGCUACUGGAAAAUACAGGCACACGCCGGCCAUCAUAGAAAUAUUGAAGUCAAUCAAUCUGCCUUUUUUUUUUUUCAUCCCAGUUGUAUUUCCCAUGUGUCUGAGGGAACGAGGCCUGAAUGGUUCAGUUUGAAUCAAUACAGCCGCCCACACAGACCGCACACAGCUACUGUUCCCUGUACAGGCCGACGCUCUCCACUCUGCGGGGAGCUGGGAAUUCAAUUGACAUUUCACUUAUGAUUUAUCAGUUUGCCUCACAGUAUUUGAGGGUUUCUUAGCUGGAAGUAGAGCACCAGUGUAGUGCGCCAUUCACCCUACUAUUUUCAUAUGCGGGAACUUUUAACUUUACACUCAAAUAAAAUGUCAGACAGUAAAUACAGUGCUAUAUAAUAUCUUUAUCAAUCGUUAAUACCCGCAUCAUUAAUUGGAUCUGCUCCUAUUAAAUGUUUGCUUACACGAAAAUGAAUUAAUUGUCACGUGAAUUUUGGAAUGAAACUCCUCAGCUACCGUGAUGAGCAUACGUGUGGAGCGCGGUUUAGCAUCACGCAGGAUGUAACCGGAGCUGUCGGUGUUUUAUAUCGUAGCCGUGUUUCUCAAAAAGUGUCUUCAGGUGAAGUUCAGCUUUGCUUCAUUAAUGCACAGAACAGAACAGAGAUGAUUGUACGUUAUCAAGUGACACAAGUCACUGACAAAAAAAACACAGUAUGAAAAACUGUAACCGUCUUCAGAUAUCCUGCUUCUCAGAUUACCAGUUACUGUCAAAGUAUUUCUUCUUUUAUGUGAGAACUGAAUCGUCCGCCAGAUGUGGAUCAUUAGUUUCUCCACCAACGAGUCGACCACUGAGGCAGGUGGACGUUCUCCUGUCUGAUGGACUCUGUUGUAUUUUGGUGCUUUAGUUGUAAUGUUUUUUGUUUUAGUGAUUCAUUUAUGUGAGAUAUGUUUGUACAAAUUUGAAGUGUAUUAAAAGUGUGCAAAUGUA